CGACAGUCGCGCUCUGUUCGGUUUGCUGUGCGUAGUUGAGCUGAAUUAUUUUCGUUUUCUGUUUUUUAAGUGAUAUUGCCAGACUUAUUUGUAUACUAGGACGAAUUUGAUAUUUUUUACUAGUGACUGAGUGUGAAAAGAAGUGUUCGCAUGGAUUGAGUGAGCAACGAUGUUACCUCCCACGGCCGGUCUAUCACAAGAACAACGCGACCGGCCCGACAUGGCGUACCAGCAACGUCAGGACGUGCGAGAGCUAACCAGAGAAAUCAUCAGAAGCGCUCGAGUAGCAAACAGAACACAUUCAACAUCCCCUGGAGUUCGAGACCGUUUCCCGUCAACAUCCUCAACAGACGACAAUGAGAGCGGUACAGAUGGAGAGGCGGACAGAUCUCGUCGUGUCAGCCUCAUACACGGAGGAGUGCCCACACCUCCUCCCGGCAUCGUGUCCAUUCGCAAGCGACGAGGGAACCUAGCGAAACAUUCAGUCAAGAUCCUCAAGAAGUGGUUGUACGACCACCGGUACAAUGCGUACCCUAAUGACGCUGAGAAGAUCGCUUUAAGUCAAGAAGCUAACUUGACCGUAUUGCAGGUAUGCAAUUGGUUCAUAAACGCCCGUCGGCGUAUCUUGCCGGAGAUGAUCCGGCGCGAGGGCCACGACCCGCUGCACUACACGAUCUCGCGACGCGGCCGCAAGCAGCCGGGCGGCUCCAGCUCCAACGCCAAUAGCGCCGGCGUCGUCGUCGCCUCCUGGGACGGAGUCGAAGUUGAGAAUGACGCAGACCGCAGUGCCGAGCAGGAGUACAGCGACGGACUGCUGGUGUAUAGGAGCGAUGGAGACGACAUCGGGGAUGGAGAGGAGGGAUACUCAUCUAGCGCUGUCUCAGAGGAGGAGGUCAAAUACGACCCCUCCGUCUGGCAGUCCGUCAUACGUCGCACGGCGGGCGUGGUGUCGGUGCGCACGGAGGCGGAGGAGGGCGCGGAGGCGGGCGCGGGCGCGGCGGCGGCGGACGGCGCGGGCAGCGCGGCCGGCGCGGGCGGCGCGGCCAGCAGCGCCGCGCCCGGCGGCUGGCAUCCGCAGCUCGCGCAUCUGCCGCAGCUGCCGCAUCCGCUGCGUCGCCGACUGCAGGUGGUGCCCACGAAUGUGAGUAGUGAGGGCGAGCGAGACAAGUUCAAGUGUCUGUACCUGCUCGUGGAGACCGCAGUCGCAGUACGCCAGAGGGAGAAGGAAGCAGAGGAGGUCCCCGUCUAGUGACCGAGAAUCCAGUAUGGAGUGGACUCGGCAGCGCCGCCAAAUGGAAUUGUACGUUCAACACGCGGUAUUUAAUGUUACAAUCUUCCACUAAUGUAGAGUUUACAAGUCGUUCGUGUGUUUAUCACUAAUGUAUAUCCCACGGUUACACCGGCCCGUGUAAUUUCUAUUCAUAGUACUGUUUCUCCGAGUGGCAUAAAGCACUUCAAGCCUUCAACAUAGUACAGUUUGAACUUUCAAAUAUGGAACACAAUAUUGUUGGGCCUAAACUUCAGCUGAACUCCAAACUAAAUACAAUUUUAAUAAUAAAUUAAUAAUCGUGAGCCUCGUCCCUUUUUUUUUUGAAAUAUAAAUGAAGGAACAUGCGCAACCAUGUCGCAUGUUGCUUUUUAUUGACAAAAAUGACGGAUCAACAUCAGAUUGUCGUUAUUUUUUUGUUGUAUAUAAUUUAAAUUUUAGUUUUUUUAAGUGUGACCAGGUCCGACUAGAUCGCCUAAGUAUAACCAGGUUAUCUCCAAUUAAAAGUUGCAGGGAUAUAUGUAUAUCAGUUGCUAGGUUUAAAAUUUUGGGAAAUUAUGACUGCCACAGUUUUGCACACAAUCUUGAACCUGAUCAAUGUAACCGAUCGUAGCCUACGUAUACUGUAGUAGUUUAAAUAUAUAAUUAUAUACUUACCAAGCUCUGGUAGUGCUCAUUUUAUAAUCAAAUUUCCGUUUUUCCAAACAUUGAGAAAUGUGCAAAAAUAUAUAAGUAAAAGUAGUUUAUUUUAUCAUCAAAACAAAUCAAAAUGCAUUUUUUAUCGAAGUGUAUACAAGAAAAAUAAUACCCUCUACUUAUACCUACAUAUAUUAUACCUACAUCAUGAAUAUGAUGUAGACUACUAAAUACUUACCUACUACUAGACUAGAUAACUUAUAUCGCUCCAUUUCUCUAAGCCUAAUUUCACCAACGCCAAUUAACUGUGCAAUAAAAUAAUUUCAAAAAAGGUUUUAGUAUAUUUAUUAUAGUUAGGUUACUUUAACAAGUCAUCGAUUUAUUUACAUACAAUGCACUCUGUAAAUAGUAUUUUGUCGAUGUAUAACUUUUAUUAUAUUUUAGAGCAAUAUUAUAAAAUAGUGCACUAUCAAAGCAAAAUAUUAUGAUACAUACAAUAUACACUGUUAACAUAAUAUUUUUGUAGGAUACAUAAUAUAUCAGUAGCCUUCUCAUAUUUUAUAAUUAGAGUGACAGACUGGUUAUAUAACAAAAGUAUUUACUCUGCUUGUCUCGUUCCUAACUAUCAAAUAAUAUAAAUGUAUGAUAAACUCCUGAAUUAUUGUAAUAUGAAUACAUAUAGGGAUUUUGUAUAAUCGUCCCGAUAUUGUUAAAAGUAUAAAAAUCUCAUUUCAUGAAAUAUAAUUCACGAAAAAUUAUGCCGUUACGGCAACAAAUCUACUUUAUAUAAAUUAGAAUUUAGACUUCUCCUUAUUCGUCUUGGAAAACUGUAUCACAUAUAGGUAUACCUAGUAAAUAUCAUCUUGAUAUAUUUUGACUAAAAUAAAUAUUUUUUUAUUGUUCCCAGGCAUUUAAUAGACUUCGUAAUAUUGGCCAGUUUAUUGAACAAUGGUCACACGUUUUCCUCAAUAUUUUGAUCGGUACAGCCCUGGAUAAAGUUUAGGUUUUUUGUUAAUUCAGAAAGCAAAACGUCACUUAAUUGUUGCACCGUACAAGACUCGCUAUCAUAGUGAAGCUUCCCGCUCCAUACAGUAGUAUGCCUUGAAAUAGUCCCACUAAUGACACAAUAUUCAUUCAUAUUGAAUGCCAUGUCCCUCUAUAUCUAAUAUUUAAUAUAUGUAAUAUUGACAAGGGUUGCCUGGUGGCGAGGAAAAACAGAGUUCUACUCAUCAAAAAGAUCUGCAAGAGUCAUCGGGUGCCCUUUGGUAGUUAUGCUUAUCCACGCUGUCUCAUUGAGACGGUGGAGAGCUAAGUUCCUUUCCGUGAGUUUACACGAUUCCAUUGCCCUAUCAGGAAAUAAUGUAGCCUGAUGAGUUAACACUGUGAGGUUGGCGUCUAACAUAGUAACUCCAACCCAUGUGGUACCACCUCUUGUCGAAAUCCAGGUCCUUCCGAUUGAACUCAAAUAGGGGAUCUUAUUGCAAGUGGAGGAACUCAUGCUCCGCAUGUCCACCAGAAAAGCAUUUACAUCAUGUUCAGGACAGGUCACUGAGCUGUUUGAGAUUAGCAGUGUCCCUGGAGGUGUUUUCAUUCUCUUGAAUGUUUCCUCAUGAUAAUUCUUAUUGUAGACACUUAAAUAGGUUACAGUGCGACUUUUCCCUAUCAGGAGGUCCAAAUGAUCCUUUAUCUGGACAGGUUUCGUGAUGGUUGCCUUAACUGUAUAUAGAAGAGAGAGGAGUCCUUCACACAGUGGCUUAGAGAUUGUUGAUGCCCUAUACGUCAAAUCAGCUGUCUCCACAGAGAGAGAGUCUGUGAGAUGAGUCUGUCUAACAGCCUCUGUAAUUGCCCAUUCUCGGAAUGGUAUCAUUUCAUCACUGGGAGGUUCUUUCCACAGUGUGAUGUGGGAAAUGACCCUUUUAGACUCCCAUCCGAGUGACUGGGUCACCAACCAAAAAAGAAGUGAGAGCUGUAAAACUUUCUGCAUGGUGAGCUGCAAUAAAAACAUCCCUUUUUACAACGAUAUGACAGUCUUGAUACAGCGUAGCAAUGAAGGAAUUGGCAGAAAAUUGUGUUGGGAGGAAAAUCCGUCUGCAAUGAAAUAUAUUCCCAUGACAUACAAUGACUACCAGUUAACACGGGCUUCUUUUGCCACAACAGGUGAUUGUUUGUGUGGUUUCAGGGCGUGUUAGCUCAUAGAAUAGUCCAGCAGGGGACUUUAUUUUGACAAAGGGGCAACACCUAAUUUUAAAUCCAAAGUUUUUUAUGAAGCUACAUAGACUGUCACUAAAGGUGUUAAGUUCCAAAGGAGACCCUUCGAUAUCUAGAGGAAAGGAUGUUAUUUCAAACGUCCGAUUGCCUAAUAGUAUAGAAAGGAGGAUCUGAGGCUUCUUUCUCCCACCGGUUAGGGUAAUUACUGAAUUGUUGCAGAGGUGUAUGAAACUAAGGAAGAUAAGACGUUGACAUAAAAUGGGGUGAGAAGUAGUUGAAUGAGCUUUUAUCGCCAUGUGAUAUUGUUUGGUAUUAGAGUUUUUUAAAAUCAUAGAGGUCAAUUAGUUGGGAGUCUUUUUCUUAAAAAGGGUCAUCAGGGCGGAGGAAGUCCUCCCAUUAGCGCCAUGUCUCUCACUGGAUGUGGAUUUGUCAGAGGAGGCCCUUUUGAGUGUGUAUCUAUCCCGACACUCUUUCCAGAAGGUCAUACUAGUGGACGCCUCCACAGGCUUGGAAAUCACCUGGGGCUUUGUGGAGGAGGCCAUUAGAAUUCUUCUGAAUGUUGUUGACGGAUUAGAUUCAUGUGGACCAGGUAUGUUCAGAGGAGCCAUCUUUUUUACCUCAUCAGGCACUUUCAACAGCUGUCGGAAUCCAAGGAGGAGGGCUCUAUCUCUCAUUAUUAGAUCGAAGUUGUCUAUCUCUAUCUUUGCAUCGAGUAUCAGAAAGGCAUGCGCAUUUUGACCUUCUGUCAACAUGGAAUGCUCUGCCAUCCUCCUGUAAUAAGUGUUCCUAAGAGGUGUGACCAUCCCAUAGCAAGAAAAUGCUCUGUAAGUAUCUGCUAUUUUGGCCCUAAGAGCUGUGCCAAAUCCUGUGGCCUCUACUCUCACUAGUCUGUCUAGAAUAAAUCGCUCCAGAUCUAACCCAAUAUGAAGUAACGCAUGCGGAGUGACAGAAAGGCCAUGAGUAAGCGCUCCUAUCAAGCCCAUAGAUAUUCGGAUUAUCCAUUCUUUCUCUAGAUUCAUAUUUAAGUCCCCUUCGAUUUCUAGGCUAAUAGUCAGUGAUAGGUUCAUAGGAACCAGAGUUGUUAAAGAAGGGGCUGACGGUGAACUGAUGGUUGUGAGGGAACUUGGUUAAACCCAGAGGAAUGUUGUUGAUGGUGCAUAUUGUCUUUUUGUGGGGUGAUGGACGGGAAGGAUGUCUGUUACUGUUGAUAUAGAAUCAAUUGAGUUAAGUUUAGUAUUCCUCCACCGUGUUAUCCCGGUCCCCGCAGUAGUUUUAUACGAAAUGUUUGUACGCCCUCGACUGUAUGGAGUUAUCGAUUGCAAUAAUUAUUUUCGUACAUUUAAACUCAUGUCCUUGUAUAUAGUUUGUACACAUACAUAGAGUAUGUUAGGUCUAAAGUUUUGUAGCUUCUAGUUAAAUGUUAGUGCCAAUGAGGCAAGUCUAUAUUGUAACAUCUCAAGAUAAUUUCGAUGAUAAUUUAUUUUAGGGUGAAACCACAUAAUUUAGACGAGCAAGUAUCAUAGGGUUGAAAUGUAGCAUUAGAGUUAUCAGCACUGAAUUACGGGAUUCACCCUGUUUAAAUAAAUAAAUUGUCAAGGUAAAUUAUCGCAAUUAUUAUGUUAUUUUUCUAUCGAUACUUAUAAUAUAUGUAUCUAUCAACUUAAGCAAAAGCUUUAAAUGAGAGUCGAAACACAUUACUAGCAUAAAAAUGUUUUACUUAUAACCAGAAAAUGUACUAGAUAGUGAAGCUAUUAUCUAUAAGUACUUCAGUGUACACUGACAGUUGCUUCCUAUGUCAGCUAGCUAUCGAGUAUGUCCUGUAUGUAUCAUGCACAGAGAAUUUCGUUUUAAAAGUAACAAGUUUUCAAAUUAAUCUACAAUAAUUAUGUUUGGAUGUCAAGCACAGAACUCCAUUGCACUUAAAAUUUUGAUAUAUUUUUAUCUGUUUUCUUGUCAAGAGACUGUUCCUCAAUAAUUCAGUUAAUGUAUAAUAUUGCUAUUUUCUUGUAACACUAUUUCAAGUAUAGUGGAGUUCUAUGUAAAAUUGUUUGUAUUUAUAUAUUGGUUGUGAGUUUGGAUCGUCAGCGUGUGAAUCAGAUAUUCUAUUUCUUAAGACCUGUUUUUUUACUUAUAAUUUUUUUGAUAGACAUAUUGAACUAAACAGACGUGGAUGCAAACUCUGAGAACAUUUUCAAAAAAUUUUUGUUAGAAGUGGUAAUUGUGCAACGCGAUUACAAUAAUUGUUUGCUCCAAAACAAGCCUGCUUGUAAGACUUGCUUUUGAUCAAAUAAUGAAUGUUACUUUAAUAUGUCUAUUAAAGUGUGAUGUUAUGGCUUCAAUAGCUGGCGACGAAUUCAAUAUAAAAGAUAUUUUGGUUUUAAUAAUAUGAAUCUUAUUUUAAUCAAUCAUUAUGCUGAUAACUCACUGUAACAGUGGGACGGUACCUCUAAUUUUAAUUAUUUACGACAUUAAAUAUUUCUACAAAUUACCUUAUUCAAAUGUUAUGAGAAUUCAUAAGUUUGAAAUGUUACUAUGAAGAUACCUGUUAUGGUACCCGUCGGCCAGCCUGAUGCACUUAACGUUAGCAGUCAAUGUUAAUUAGCUCUUAAGUCGUUUGUUUUAAGGUGACUUUUCGUUUUAACUCUUUAAUGUAAGUAGGGUGUCAUUUUCGUUUCUUAAUUUACCUGAGUACAAUAACUUAGAACUUAGUAUUUUUCGUUCAUGUAAAUACUCCUGUGUAAGAUGCGUAAUCUGUUAGUGAAUACAAUAAAAUAAUUCAA